AGUGGCGUGCGACAGCUCACAGUGAGCCAAAGUGGUUUCAGAACCUCCAGGCGCACCAUUAGAUUCAAGGAGUGUGGUGUUUUAAGAGCAUUUGGGUUUAGUUUUACCACAUAGAUUUUUUUAAUAGGCUUUUAUUUUUUUUAUUUUUUAUUUUAUUUUUUUGCACAACCUUUAUUCCCUCACCGAUAUUCCUAUAAGUCCAAAAGACUGAUUUUUAAGAGUUUCUGAAAUGCGUCUUUCCAGAUCUUUGUCAAUAACAUCAUUAAGUGGGCUUCCACUCUGGGAGGAGGAUAGUCUACCUGUGGAAGACCUCUUACUCUUUGAGAUUGCAUGGGAAGUAACCAAUAAGGUGGGAGGAAUAUACACUGUCAUUCAGACUAAAGCAAAGAUCACAGUGGAUGAAUGGGGGGAGAACUACUUCAUGAUGGGACCCUACUAUGAACACAACUUCAAGACCCAGGUGGAGCAAUGUGAACCUCCAAACCAAGCCAUUAAAGUUGCCAUGGACUCCUUAAUUAACAAUGGCUGCCAGGUGCACUUUGGUCGCUGGUUGAUAGAAGGUAGUCCAUAUGUCAUCCUCUUUGAUAUUGGGACAGCUGCUUGGAACCUGGACCGCUGGAAGGGGGAUUUGUGGAAUGCAUGUAGCAUUGGGCUGCCCUAUGACGACAGAGAGGCUAACGACUCGCUCAUCUUUGGCUCUCUUGUGGCCUGGUUCUUCAAAGAGUUAACAGACCAACUUCUGGACAAGCCCAAUGUAAUCGCUCAUUUCCAUGAGUGGCAAGCUGGGACCGGACUGGUACUGAGCCGCUCCCGCAAGAUACCCCUGGCAACCAUUUUUACCACACAUGCCACCCUCCUGGGGCGGUACUUGUGCGCAGGUAACGCAGACUUCUACAACAACCUGGACAAGUUCAACAUAGACCGAGAGGCAGGAGAGAGACAGAUCUACCAUCGGUACUGUUUGGAGAGGGCUGCAGUACACUGUGCACAUGUUUUCACCACUGUGUCCCAGAUCACAGCAGUGGAGGCAAAUCACAUGCUCCAUAGACAAGCAGAUGUUGUCACCCCUAAUGGCCUGAAUGUUAGGAAGUUCUCAGCCAUGCAUGAGUUCCAAAACCUGCACUCCACAAACAAAGCCAAGAUCCAGGAGUUUGUAAGGGGGCAUUUCUAUGGCCAUCUGGACUUCAAUCUGGAGAAGACCCUGUUCUUCUUCAUUGCAGGGCGAUACGAGUUUUCUAACAAGGGAGCAGAUCUGUUCCUGGAAUCUCUGUCCAGAUUAAACUAUUUGCUAAGGGUGCAAAAGAGUGAUGUCACGGUGGUUGUGUUCUUCAUCAUGCCUGCCAAGACCAACAACUUCAACGUGGAGUCUCUUAAAGGACAGGCUGUACGCAAGCAGCUGUGGGAUACAGCCCAGUCUGUGAAGGAGAAGUUUGGAAAACGGCUUUACGAGAGCUUGUUAAGGGGUGAGAUCCCAGACAUGAACAAAAUCCUGGACAGAGAUGACUUCACAAUUAUGAAGAGGGCCAUUUAUGCAACACAGAGACACUCUCUGCCUCCAGUCACAACUCACAAUAUGCUGGAUGACUCCAUGGACCCCAUCCUGAGCAACAUCCGCCGAAUCGGCCUGUUCAAUGGACGCAAUGACAGAGUAAAGAUUGUGUUCCACCCAGAGUUCCUGUCCUCCACCAGUCCUCUUCUGCCAAUGGACUAUGAGGAGUUUGUCCGAGGCUGCCAUCUGGGAGUGUUUCCGUCCUAUUACGAACCAUGGGGAUACACGCCAGGUGAAUGUACUGUCAUGGGAAUCCCCAGUGUGACCACCAAUCUGUCUGGAUUUGGCUGUUUCAUGGAGGAACAUGUCUCGGAGCCCUCCGCAUAUGGUAUCUACAUUGUGGACCGGCGGUUCCGUUCUGCAGACGAGUCGUGUAACCAGCUGACUCAGUUCAUGUUUUCGUUCUGUCAGCAGUCGCGACGACAGAGAAUUAUUCAACGUAACCGUACGGAGAGACUCUCUGACCUGCUGGACUGGAGGUACCUUGGACGGUUCUACAUGCAUGCUCGGCAUCUUGCCCUCAGCAGAUCCUUCCCCACUAAAUUCAAAGUGGACCAUCUGAACCUUCCACCGACACAAGGUUUCCGUUACCCGCGACCCUCCUCUGUUCCCCCUUCCCCAUCGGUUUCUCUCCACUCCACCCCUCACCACAGUGAUGAGGAAGAUGAAGAUGACGAGCCAUAUGAUGAAGACGAGGAGGCGGAGAGGGACAGACAGAACAUCAAGGCACCUUUUACUCUGGGUGCAGUGCCCGAUGGUAAGAAGAAACAACCAGGACAGAAUGAUUAAGAUCUGCACCCUCCUGCAUAUCUCACCUCCACAAUUCAUCCCUGCAUCAGAUCUUAGAACUCUGGAACUUGAGAACUUGUUACUCUAGGACAUAUUAACACUGACUACCAUAAGAGAGUAGUAUUUUCAUUCUGACUAUAGCUUUUGGAUGAAUUGAUGAGACAAUAUCAUUAAAACAUUAAAACCUACUGACAUGAACUAAAACAGUGGUUCUCAAUUAGUGGGUUGCAUCCCACUAAUGCGGACAACAAUAAUGCUAAUGCAAAUAAUAAAAUGCAACUAAUCAUAUAAUUAUGCAUAGUUAGAAUUGCAAAAAAAAAAAAAAAAAUAUUAUAUAUAUAUAUAUAUAUAUAUAUAUAUAUAUAUAGCCUUAUAAACUUUUAAAGUGAGAAAACGCUACACAUAUCUUUUAUUGUUGGCAAAGGCUGUGCUUCCAAUCAAAUUGUAUUGGCGAAAAUUCAUUAAGUAAUUUGGUAGAAGCUUGGAAAUGUAAGCAGAAGCCAACAUGGACAGCUUGCAUGACAUGCCCUCAUCCUUGAAAACUGUGUUAUUAAAUACUUUCAAUGAUUGUCCAAGGCAUUUUAUAUACUUCUGUACAAUAAAGAAUUUUGGUGUUGGGUUGCCACUUGGUGCCCAGUUUAAAAUCUGGGUCCUGAAGCAAAACCAGUUGAGAACCACUAAAUUACACUGAAUUAGAAGGUAUCUUGAAUAUAUCGAAUGCCAUGUACAGUUUGUUCAACUGGUGAGAUAUUGGUGGGAAAUAACUUCCUUCAGCCCUUUUGUUUUGGUGUUCCGCCAUACUGUUGAUGUGUGGCGAGGUCUUCCUUCAAGUCUUUUCAACAGAUCUGGGAUAUUGAUAAAGUGAAGCUAUAAUAUUCGAAACAAGGCUUUCUUUUUCCCUCCAUCUAUGCCAUAAUUUCUCCAAAACAAUUACAAUAACAAUAUACAUAAUUGUCAAACAUCACACUAAUGGUUUAUUAAAAAGUCUCACACACUAUGGCAGAUUUCAGUGCAAAUUUAGUUUAAUUAAACACAUUCUCGUAUGUAUUUUACAUGGUAUUGAAUUCAAAUGUUGAUUCAGUGUGAGAAAAUGAAAAGGGGGGAAAAAAACCCUGUACAGUCACUUUAUAAUACACAUCAUUUCAAUCAUCAUAAAUAGUCUCUUUUCCAGGAUAUGGAUAUGUCUUGAAAAAACAACCCAUUAUCUCACCUGAAAUAAAACAAAAACAAAUGAAAAUA